AUGCAGUGGAAGUCACUCACUGCCGCUGUGGCACUGCUCACUCAAGAUGCAGCUGCUCAAGCCAUGAUGCGUUUCUCGUGCUCACAACUCGUUAUCGAGCGUUUGGACCCUCUUGUAAAUCCCGCAAUUUCACCAAGUCCCCAUCUUCAUCAAGUUGUCGGAGGAGAUUCUUUCCAAGCCAACAUGACCCCUAUCGUUUAUGACCAAGUUGCGUCUUCGUCUUGCACAACUUGCACCUUCUCGGAAGAUUUCUCGAAUUACUGGACUGCGAAUGUUUAUUUCCGAGCUCGAAAUGGGAGUCUUAAACGUGUUCCGCAAAUGGCCAACCAGGGGCUCACAGCAAAUGGAGGGGUUACCGUCUAUUAUAUUCCACCGUAUGAUGGCAAGACCACAGUUACUGCUUUCAAGCCAGGGUUCCGUAUGCUUGCUGGAGACCCAACACUCCGAAGUGCCACGGGCAUGCAGCGCGGCAUCUGCCAUCGAUGCUUCAGUACUAUCAACCAAGUUCCAUUUGGUGGAGCACCAUGCACUGGUGACGACACCCAAUCAUUCCCAACCAAGAUGUGCAAUGGUGGAAUCCGUUCAACCAUCACUUUCCCCACAUGCUGGGAUGGAAAGAACAUCGACAGCGCCGACCACAAGAGCCACGUCGCCUACCCAAGCAGUGGGACUUUCGAGUCUACUGGUCCAUGCCCAUCGAGUCACCCUGUCAAACUUCCUCAAGUCAUGUACGAAGUUAUGUGGGAUACUAGACAAUUCAAUACCAAGGAGCUGUGGCCAGAGGACACCACCAAGCAGCCUCUGGUCUACAGCACUGGUGAUCCACUUGGCUACGGACAACAUGGCGACUACAUGUUCGGCUGGAAGGCAGAUGCCCUCCAACGUGCAUUAAACGCCAGAUGUUCUAAUGCCCAAUGCAAGGAGCUGAAGUCUCAGACCUCCCAGCAAGCCAUGAAGUGUGCCAAGCUCCAAACGGUCAAUGAGCAAACUGAAGGAUGGCUCUCCGAGCUUCCAGGUGGUCUGCCAAUUGCAUAG